AUGCAGAAGGAGCUGAAUGGAAAGAGUGACCUCAUGGGUAAUCUGGAGAAGGCAAAGAAUGAUGCAGAAUGGAACCUCGGCGAGCAUAGGCAGUGGUUGGCUGAUGCUAACGAAAGAGCCGGCCAACUAGAUGCGCUGUGCGAGGAGAAGGAGCACGUCAUCCAGGACUUGACGAACAGACUGCAUGAAGCGGAACGAAGAGCCACCGAAGGAGCAAACGCGCGAAAUGAGUAA